AUGCAGAGUCGCAUUGCACCCCACGUCAGGCAAAAAAUCGAGCUGACAGACUCCGAGGACCAACUCUGCACGCUCCUUGACGAAUGCACCACCUACCUCAAAUCCGAACACGGCCUCUCUACUUCCUGCAGAAUCGCCGGAGGAUGGGUUCGGGAUAAGCUCCUUGGUCUGCAGAGCAAUGACAUUGAUAUCUGCCUGGAGGACAUGAUGGGCGUGCCAUUCGCAGAACGCUUUGUAUCCUUUGCCUCAGAACGGAAGAGCAUACCCGUGAAUAAGAUCACCAAGAUCGAGAGUAACCCUGAUCAGUCCAAGCACCUUGAGACCGCACGCACAACGCUGUUCGACAUCGAGCUCGACUUCGUAAAUCUCCGCAGUGAAGAGUACGCCAGUGACAGCCGUAUUCCAACUCAAGUGACAUUUGGAACACCAUUGCAAGAUGCUCUGCGACGCGACCUCACAAUCAACACGCUCUUCUAUAACGUACAUACCAGACAAGUGGAAGACCACACCGAAAAGGGAUUAGCAGACCUUCGUCGAGGAAUCGUUCGAACUCCAUUACCACCUCUCGAGACAUUUCGCGAUGACGAACUCCGCGUGAUACGGUGCAUCCGAUUUGCCAGUCGCCUUGGGUUCGAAAUGGUAACAGAGUUGCAGGAUGCAGCUCGAGAUGCGGAAGUUCAAGCGGGUCUAGCAAAGAAGAUCAGCAGAGAGCGGGUUGGGGAAGAGUUAGACAAGAUGCUCAAAGGUGAAUAUGGGUCUCUGGCCCGUGGUCUUGCUCAUGAUGAGUUGCUAGGGCCGGACCCUUUGCUAUCAUUGCAGCUCAUUAACAACCUCGCCCUUUACUCAUGCAUUUUCUACGCUGCUCCCGCUAUCAAGGAUUCUGCUUCCUCUUCCCGGGGUCCCAUUUCAUCCGCAGUGCUUGCUGCUUCCCUACUUCAUGACCUCAUCUCUCCCGAAAGUUCGCGGUCGCGCAAACACCUCCCAUCCCUGCACCCCUCCCUUCUGACUGCUUUGCAGCUAGAAUUAAUUCCACAUCCUCCGUAA